ACCUUGCUCCUCACCCGGAGCCCCGCGAUGGAGGUCCCGCCCCGGCUCUCCCAUGUGCCGCCGCCAUUGUUCCCCUCGGCUCCCGCUACUUUAGCCUCCCGCAGCCUCUCCCAUUGGCGGCCGCGGGCUCCGCGGCAGCUCGCCCCUCUCCUCCCUUCGCUCGCUUCCAGCUCUUCCCGGCAGGGGGCGCGCCGGACCCAGCGCCACGUCACCGCCCAGCAGCCCUCCCGAUUGGCGGGCGGGGCAGCUAUAAAGGGAGGGCGCAGGCGGCGGCCGGAUCUCUUCCGCCGCCAUUUUAAAUCUAGCUCCAUACAACGCUCCGCCGCCGCUGCCCCCGGGACCCGGACUGCGCGCCAGCACCCCCUUGCCGACGGCUCCGCCACCAUGGAGGACAUGAAUGAGUACAGCAACAUAGAGGAGUUCGCAGAGGGAUCCAAGAUCAACGCGAGCAAGAACCAGCAGGAUGACGGUAAAAUGUUUAUUGGAGGCUUGAGCUGGGAUACAAGCAAGAAAGAUCUGACUGAAUAUUUGUCUCGGUUUGGGGAAGUUGUAGACUGCACAAUUAAAACAGAUCCAGUCACUGGAAGAUCAAGAGGAUUUGGAUUUGUGCUUUUCAAAGAUGCUGCUAGUGUGGAUAAGGUUUUGGAACUGAAGGAACACAAACUGGAUGGCAAAUUGAUAGACCCCAAAAGGGCCAAAGCUUUAAAGGGGAAAGAACCCCCUAAAAAGGUUUUUGUGGGUGGAUUGAGUCCAGAUACUUCAGAAGAACAAAUUAAAGAAUAUUUUGGAGCCUUCGGAGAGAUAGAAAACAUUGAGCUGCCCAUGGAUACGAAGACUAAUGAGAGAAGAGGAUUCUGUUUUAUCACAUACACAGACGAAGAGCCAGUAAAGAAACUGUUAGAAAGCAGAUACCAUCAGAUAGGCUCUGGGAAGUGUGAAAUCAAAGUUGCACAACCCAAAGAGGUGUACAGGCAGCAGCAGCAGCAACAGAAAGGUGGAAGAGGGGCUGCAGCUGGUGGAAGAGGUGGUGCUAGGGGACGCGGAAGAGGUCAGGGCCAAAACUGGAACCAAGGAUUUAAUAACUAUUAUGAUCAAGGAUAUGGAAAUUAUAAUAGUGCCUAUGGUGAUGAGAGCUAUAGUGGCUAUGGCGGCUAUGACUAUACUGGGUAUAACUAUGGGAGCUAUGGAUAUGGACAGGGAUAUGCAGACUACAGCGGUCAGCAGAGCACUUAUGGCAAGGCAUCCCGAGGGGGUGGCAAUCACCAGAACAAUUACCAGCCCUACUAAAGGAGGACGCUGGGAGAGCAGGUGUGUGAGGCUACAGGAAAACAUUGGCAAUGGCUAAUUUAACUUAAAGAUGAAUAGACAAAUGAACGAUAUGAGUAAACUAUGUUGCGUAGUCCUUGCUAAAUUGUUAAUGUGUAAUCGCUUUAUAAGCCUGUUUUGCCUAAAGUGUCUAUAGAUCUUUAACUUUAAGGUUUUACCUCACCUUUUUUAGAAUUACAGAAAAACUUAAGAGUUUUUCUGUUUGCUUUGUGUACCAGGAGGUGUAGAGGAAUAAUUAAACUUUUUUAGAACUAUUAACAGGUAAAGUACUGAAAUGGGUACAACUUAAGGAAAACAAGAAUGUUGUCUUCUAACUCUGACAUUAUACCUUGUUUGUACCCGCCAGCGGGAACUUCAUUGCAGGCCGUGUGUCACCCUGACCACGUCUAUCUCUGGGGGUCGCACGUUGCGGGCAGAGCGCAAGGCAUACACCAGAAAACGCUGUCCUGUGGUAUGGUCUCUUCCAACUUCAUGUACCAGCGUAAAGAUUAAAGUGGAAAACUUCAGACUUUGGCUUCUUUUUUAAUCUUUUUGGAGAUUAAGUGUCUAAACUUAACUUAAAUGGUUUUUUACAGGAGUUAAAGUACAUAAAUGCCUUUUUACAGCUUAAUCAUUUUGGUCUUCUGUUUAGUGUUGUAUUUCAAUUGUGGAGCCUCAUUUUAAGUGUUCAUUCUUUAAGAUUUAAUGCUUGCUUUUUCUUUUUAUAGCUAAUAGUGAAAUCUACAAACCAAAACAAGAACUUUUAAAUCUGGGAUGUAAGUUAAAGAUCAUAUGCACAAAGCAAUUGGCUCUCGUGUCCUACUAUGACAGCUGCCUGGAAUUCAUUGGUGGCACUCCAGUUGGCUCACUAGGGAUGCUUCUGGUCGGCCCUCACCUGUUAGACUCAUAACAGGGAAGAUUGCAUUCCCGUGUUCUAAAUUGAAUCCAUUCAGUGUCGUUUGGAACUCCAGCGAGUUUCAAUCCCCAAACUGUACUUUGCUGGUGACUAUGCAUGUGAUCUUUAAUUGAAGUGAGGACUUAAAGCAGUUCAUGAAAGUGGACCUUUUGCAAGCUUGUGGGGACCGCACACAUCUAAUGGGUGUUUUGUUUUUGUUUUAGGAGGUGUAAAGAAACCAUCUUACAGGACGACAUUGAAGAUUGCUUGAUCUUCUGUUGACCUAAGAUGAUUAUUUUGUAAAGACUUUGUAGUGUACAUGACACAAUUGUGUCCCACUGUACAUAGCUGCCAAUUAGUUCCUUUGUUAAUCUGUCCUUUGUUCCUUCCCUGUGUUAUGACUCAAUGUGGAUUUGUGUUUAUACAAAUUUUUAUUUGUGUGACUUCAUGUUCAACCUCAAAUAAAUGCUUCCUUAUGUGAUUGUUUUUCUGCGUCAGGUACUGCAUAGUUCUGUGGAAAUGUAAUUUUAUAAAGAAGCAAUAACUUAAGGCGCAGCUUGUUUUGUAGGGGGUAUUGGUACACAGAAGAGACUGGUCAUGGUAUCUCCUUGUCUCUGGUUUCUGUGGGUGUUAUUCUGUACUUAAAGUCUAAUGCUUUUUCUCUGUUGAUUCCUUCCACACCUUUGGAAUAAUGUUUCCCCCUGGGUAUCUGGAGACUGACACUAGUCUGUUUUGAUUGGUGACACGUGGUGUGCUUUUGGAUUAUGGUUCUAAGGGAAGCACCUUGCUGGGCUACGCUGUACCUCGCUGGCAAGUAUUCUUUGCCGGAGCACAAAUGAUGCCCUUGUUUCUGUCCCUCACUGUUGAAAUGAACCUGUUGGCUACCACAAAGCUUGUCAGUUGACUACCUUUGCUCUGUGCCUAUCUGACAAACCAUGUGUAAUUCACAGAUGACUUUAAAGAGCUGGUGGUUUGUCUGUUAGAUCAGAGGUAAAUGCAGGGGAAGAACGCUGUCCAACUGGUGCCCAGAUCAUCAGUUUCAUCUGGGAUUAGCCACUAAGUGGGUGCAGUGGGGUCCCACCACAGCACAUGAGCUAAACAACAGUUUGAUAUUGAGGCAGGGGGUGGGGGGGAGUUGUGGAAAGUUACAUGGUGUGUAUCUUGUGGUGCAUUUAAAACUUUUAAGGAUUUAACAGUAAUACAGGCUUUGGGUUUUUUCGGGAAAUGUUGGGCUUAGAGGUCUCCACGGUUCCACAAAAGCUUCUGGGUUUGGGGUGUGUGUUUAGAGUGCCUGGUCUUAGACCAGUGUAAGCUUUUUAUACUGAUACCUUUUUUUAAAUGCCUACGACUUUGUUCCAUGAUAUUUGUACUUGCUAGCAAGGCUGUCAAGUUACCAUGCCUUGGCCUGAUUUUCCUCUGGCCUGGUACCAGUGUUGGCCAUUAAAAAAGAACUGUUUGUUUCAACUUGCAGCCAGAAAGUAGAAGGGAGAUCAUUUCACAUUGUUAGUAGGUACAGUAUCCAGAGAAAGAUACCUGUGAGUUCAAGCUUACAAUUAGGUGACAAGUUGACAUUGAGAUUGUCAUUUCCCCUGAUCAAAAUGAAUAAAGUCUUUUUAAA